AGGAAAAAGAAAGGCAUCUAUUAAGCAAGGUUCAAGAUUCAGCACCAAAAGUUCCCCAACAAUCUUCGCAAAAUGCAGAAAAGCAUUGUACUAAGUGCUUGUCAGUUAUUGGUCGUGGGCUUCCUCUCUACUGCACUCCUGGAACACGCCAUGAAAAUUUGAGAAGAAUGGCUGCCUCUGAUCCCAUUGGUGCAGAGCAAGUUGCAGCAACAGUUUUGGCAUCAAAAAGUGCAUCUCCUCAUGGCACCAUCAGACUCAGUCAACCUUGUGGAAAGUUAUUACCAUUGAGAAAAGGACCUUCAUCAGCACAGCAACUUUUCAAAGAGCCUCUCACAACGCAGAAUAUGGUUCAAAUUCAGCAGAAUAUAGGACUUUCAAACAAUGGGAUGAGAAAACUUGGAUCGGCACUAAAUCAAAUCAGUCCUAUCAGAUUGGUGGAGCCAAGUUUUCAGCAAAAAUUCGCUCAAGCAGGCCAAAAACUUUGUGAUCACUUCACUGUGAGCAGCAUCACUCUUGCUGAAAACAAUCAAAUAUCCCAAGUUGUGCAUUGUCAAAACCUCAGUAGUCUUAGUGAUGUCUUCUUAGCAUCAAGAAAGAUGACAGAUUCUGCAAUUUUGAAACUAGGGAUUGAUGGUGAAGGAUCUUUUUUGAAAGUCAGCUUCACACACAUCAUUGUGGAUGAAGGUGACACACCGCCACAUAGCCCACUGUAG